AUGAGGUUAGUUGGUGUCUGUCCAUGGACAGAGGAUCUCAAUGGGCCUGCCGAGAUGGGAGGAUGUCACAGCAAGAAAGUUGUAAUCCCAGAUAUUGAGACCUCAGCGAGAUGCAGGUCGAUGCUUGGAAGUUAUCAGUCAGAUAGUCAGCCACAAAAGAGACCAUCGGGAAACUCACCAGACAGUGGACAGACAGUAUUUUCUUCGGAACAACUGGAACACUUGGAGAUUUGCCUGAAAGAAGCAGAGGAAAAGGCUAAAGCUCUAUUGGAACAGCUUACAGCUUCAGAAGCAACGAAAUCACAACUACUCGAGAAAGUUUCGGUGCUGGAAGGAAGGCUAGAGGAUGUGAACCGAAAGAAUGUUGGUGGAGAGAUGUAUGAAAACAUGGUUCUUGAGAAAGACAAGUGCAUUGAGAAGCUGCAAGCCGAAGUAAAAGCCUCCCAAGAGAAACUUAACGCCCAUAAACUAAAGCACAAAAAGGCAGUGAAAAAGCUACAAACUGAUUUGGCAAUAGCUAAGCAAGAGGCUGCCAUCACUGUCCUGGAACUCAAUGAGAAGAUAAUGGCACUCUGUGAAGGAAGACCUUUCCCUAAAGCAACCAACUCAGUGGAAGUGCUCUAUGGGGGUCUCCCACCUGUGGAAGAAAGUGACAGAAAGAUUACCCUGAUAAUGGAGCUGUCCACUCAACUUUCCCUUCAGACAGAGAAGAUCACUCAGCUCGAAGAAGUCUUAGCGGAAAAGGAAAAGAAGAUUGAGGAGCUGGAAGCUGAGCGCAGUUCCCAGUUCCCCCAAGAUGAAGAUAGACUUACAGAAGAUAUACAAGAAUCCCCUACUGUAUAUGAUGAGGAUAGGAACGCUCCCACAGCCUCUGAUGGGGAGCAUGAUGAUUUCCCAUGUAACAAUAAAGUUCAGUAAGCAUCAUCAAGGUGAAGUUCAAAACCCCAAUAACCUGUCCAGUUCAAGUUCACAGGUUCGAGUAUCACCUACAGUGUUCACACUAGCAGAAAUCCACAGAGAGGGGAGCAUUCAGAAGCACACCCUGAAACUAUCCACCACUCAGUAGUGGAGUGCUGUGUCUUUAGACAUUCCUAGUUGACAACGGGAGAGGGAAAAACACAAAACUAGGCAGCUGGCAAAAGGACUUGGUACUUUCUCAUCUUACUAGAAGUUUGCUACACUGUGAAGAAAAGAUGCUAAGUAUCCCUCUGUGCAGCACUGUUUGGGGUAAGAGAGUGUGUUGGGGGGCCAGCUUCAAGUUGGGGAAGCUCAAAGCGCAGAAGAACUAAAUCAUUGCCAAGAGAGUAAACAGCUACACAAUCUGUCCUUUCAUGUCCUCUAGCGCUUAGUGCUUUAUGACAUGGAUUUUACGAGCAUUAGCAAGGGUAGAAACAAAAUAAUGUUGAGAAGCA